UGUAAUCCUACGGCGAAGAAAGAAACCCUAAUGAGCGGCAACCCCUAUAUAACGGAAUAGCGGGAGGGGCUUUCUCUUGGUCUUCCCCUUUCUCUGCUUUCCUCUUCUCUCCCCCAUACGUCUCCGCCGACAGCAAUAGAGGUGAAUAACUUAUUCAUCCCGAUGAUGAACAUUUAUAAUCAAAAGUAGUGGACUGACCAUGCCAUUGAUGAGUUUGGAUAUUAUUUUCUGAGGGAUUCCUGCUUGUUACUUUUGACCAAGCGUUGUACUUCGAAUUUGGAAGAAUGGGACGAAGACCUGCAAGAUGUUAUCGGCAGAUCAAGAACAAGCCCUACCCAAAGUCAAGGUACUGCCGUGGUGUUCCUGAUCCAAAAAUCAGGAUCUAUGACGUGGGGAUGAAGAAGAAGGGCGUCGAUGAAUUUCCGUUCUGUGUUCAUCUUGUCAGCUGGGAGAAGGAGAAUGUUUCAAGCGAAGCUCUUGAGGCUGCACGUAUCGCCUGCAACAAAUACAUGGCCAAGUUUGCAGGUAAGGAUGCCUUCCACCUGAGGGUGAGGGUUCAUCCUUUCCACGUUCUGCGGAUCAACAAGAUGCUUUCAUGUGCUGGGGCCGAUAGGCUUCAGACUGGCAUGAGGGGCGCUUUUGGAAAGCCGCAGGGUACCUGUGCAAGGGUGAACAUUGGCCAAGUACUGCUGUCUGUGCGCUGCAAGGACAGCAAUGGUAUCCAUGCCCAGGAGGCUCUGCGCAGGGCCAAGUUCAAAUUCCCCGGUCGGCAAAAGAUCAUCGUCAGCAGAAAGUGGGGUUUCACAAAGUUCAGCCGUACUGACUACCUGAAGUGGAAGGAAGAGAACAGGAUUGACCCUGAUGGGGUGAACGCUAAGCUCUUGGGUUGCCAUGGACCGUUGGCUGAUCGGCAGCCUGGGAAAGCGUUCAUUGAUGCCGUCUCGUCUUCUGCUUGAUUAAACGUCUUCUUUCCGUAUUAUGUCUUAGGUUAUUGUUAUUCAAAAAGAUCCAUUUUGACAUGCUUGUGUUCUCGGUUGUGUGUUUUUCCAGCUUCUCUUCCUUCCCUUUCUCAUGUUUGUUGUUGCUGGUUCAGUUGAAAUGUGAGCGUCAUUUUUGUUCAAUUGGAAAUAACUUUUGGUCA